AUGGUACGUUUCUUUCCAAACCCGUACGAUGAUUAUAAACCUGGAUCAGAUGUAGUUGUCGAUAAAGACGCGGUGGUUGCCCAAAUAAAUGAAUAUAUUGGUAGCAUUACUAAGCGGUUACAACCUACUCAAAAAAAUGUUGACGGAGGGCUUUAUGUCGGUAUUACAGGCGUAUCUUUUAUGUUCCUAUAUCUUGCAAAAAAUCCAACAUUAUCAUCGCAGAAAGCAUUUUAUCUACAAAAGGGCUUUGAGUAUCUUAAACCUGCCACGGAAACUUCUAUUGGGGACAAAACUUCGUUCUUACUUGGAGAAGCUGGUACUUAUGCAAUAUCUACUGUUUUAAAUAAAGAGUUGGGUUCAGAUCAAUUUGCUGAAUCCCUCCGGAUGUAUAAGUCCCUUUACCCAAGUUAUCUUAAUCCUAAGUUCCUGAAAUGUGGAGGAGAUGAAUUAUUUGUAGGCAGAGCUGGAUACCUUGCUGGAAUCCUGUGGAUCAGUCGGGAACUCAAGACUCCGAUAUUUACAUUGGAAGAACUUUAUAAGAUUUGUGAUAUCAUUGUGACUUCAGGUCGAGAAUAUGCCAUGAAAAACAAAAGCCCCAGCCCUUUGAUGUACCAUUAUUAUAAUACAGAGUACCUCGGGUCUGCCCAUGGUAUCAGUUUUAUUCUACAGAUGCUACUGAGUAUCCCUGGUUAUCUGACAUAUAAUAAAGCAGCAGCUCAAGAUAUUCAAGCUUCUAUCGAGUUCUUAGCUUCAUUGCAAAAUGAAGAGGGGAACUGGCCUUGUUGUAUGGAAGAAAUAGAACUAAAUGAUCACAAGCUGGUACACUGGUGUCAUGGGGCACCUGGCAUGGUGUACCUUAUGGCAAAAGCAUACCUUACUUACAAAGAUCAAAGAUAUCUUGACUCUUGUAUUAAGGCGGGAGAAUUUGUAUGGCGAAAGGGUCUUCUACACAAAGGGCCGGGUAUCUGUCAUGGAGUCGCUGGUAAUGGAUAUGUAUUUCUUCUCUUGCAUAGACUGACAGGUGAAGCAAAAUAUCUGCAUAGGGCUAAGAUGUUUGCAGAAUUUUUGACUGAUGAAGAAUUUAUAAGAGAUGCGAGACUUCCUGAUAACCCGGAGAGCUUGUAUGAAGGCACGGCAGGAACUGUUUGUUUCUUAUCAGAUCUAUUAGUACCUGAUAAAGCAGAGUUUCCUUUCCAAGAUGUCUUCUCUAAUUAUUGUUAUAACUAA